UAUCACCGCGCCCGUCCAGUUUCGUAUCAAGCCUCACCCGAAAUGGAAGUGGAUCUCCUGCAUGUGGCGGUCCUGGUGGCGAUUGUCGCCUACCUGUACCGCUGGAUAACCCGUAGCAAUGGCUACUUCCACGACAAGCCGAUCCCCUCGAUGGCCGUGACACCGUUCUUCGGGGCGUCGGGACCUCUCUUGCUGCGGAAGGUCACCUUCACCGACUUUGUCCAGAAUGUAUACAACAAAUACCCGGGAGUGAAAGUGUUCGGAAUGUUCGAAACGAUCACGCCUUUCUUCGUGAUCCGCGACCCGGAGCUGAUCAAGCAGAUCGGCAUCAAGGACUUUGAUCACUUCGUGGACCACAGGCCGACGUUCGGGGUGGACGAUGAACAUGCCGCACAUCCGAAGGCGCUUUUCCGGAAGACGUUGUUCGCGAUGAAUGGUCAGCGGUGGAAGGAGAUGCGAGCGACGCUGAGUCCGGCCUUUACCGGGAGCAAGAUGCGGCAGAUGUUUUCGCUGAUGGGCGAAUGCUGCAACGAAAUGAUGACGCAUUUUCUGGGGAAGGCGAAGAGUUCCGGGGGAAGGGUGGAAGUGGAGAUGAAGGAUUUGUUGAGUCGGAUCAGUAUUAAUGUGAUUGCGUCGUGCGCGUUCGGGAUCAAGGUGGAUUGUUUCAAGGAGCAGGAUCAUGAGUUUUUGUACCACGGAAAGAAGAUGAUGGGUUUCGGAAGGCCGGUGGUGAUUGCGAGGAUGAUGGCCAUGCGAAUCUUCCCGAAGUUUGCCGCAAAGUUCGGAAUUGAUUUGCUGGAUCGGGAGCAAGCGGAAUACUUUACGCAUGUGUUCAGGGAAACGAUUAUGACUCGGGAAAGUAAGGGAGUUAUCCGUCAUGACAUGAUUGAUCUGCUGCUGCAGGCUCGCAAGGGUAUGCUGAAGUAUCAGGAAGAGAAGGAUGAUCAGGAAGGGUUUGCUACGGUUCAGGAGUCGGACGUGGGCAAGGUGGACGUGUCGAAGAGUAUGUCCGAAGCGGAAAUGAUUGCGCAGUGUUUGAUAUUCUUCCUCGGAGGGUUCGAUACGGUGUCGACGUGUGCCAUGUUCAUGGCGUACGAGUUGGUUCGCAAUCCGGAGGUUCAACAGAAGCUGUAUGAGGAAGUGGUGCAGACAGAUAAGGAACUAGGUGGAAAGCCUUUGAGCUACGAUGCACUGCAGAAGAUGAAAUACAUGGAUAUGGUGGUAUCGGAAACUCUGCGGAUGUGGCCCUUGGCACCGGCUGUAGAUCGUCUGUGUACUCAGGACUACACCAUUGAUGACGGUCAGGGUGCGAGAUUCACGAUCGAUAAGGGAACGUGCGUUUGGUUCCCGGCAGCCGGUCUGCACCAUGAUCCGCAGUACUUCCCCAAUCCGGAGAGGUUCGACCCGGAGCGGUUCAACGACGAAAACAAACGGGACAUCAACCUGGGCGCUUAUCUGCCGUUCGGUAUCGGUCCUAGGAACUGCAUUGGAUCGCGGUUCGCCCUGAUGGAGGUCAAGGCCGUCAUGUAUUUCUUGCUGCUUAAGUUUUCGUUCGAACGAGGACCGAAGACCCAGAUACCAAUGCAACUACGGAAAGGAUUUACCAACUUGGGACCGGAGAAUGGAAUGCACAUGGAGCUGAAGCUACGCGUAGUUAGUGAUCUCAUGAAGCAUCAUGAAUAUAAUUUGUACACAAAGUCUCAAUCCACCAUGUUUUGCCUAGUGCGCCACUGGACCGCAGUUUCGUAUCGUAUUCCGACCAGAAUGGAGGUCAAUGUGAUGUACCUGGCCGUGGUACUGGCCGUAGUUGCCUACCUGUACCGUUGGAUAACGCGCAAUAAUGGCUACUUUCACGACAAACCGAUCCCGUCGAUGGCCGUUACGCCGUUUUUCGGCGUUUCAGCACCGUUGCUGCUGCGGAAGGUCACGUUCCCCGAUUUUAUCGAGACGUUGUACAACAAGUACCCCGGAGUGAAAGUAUUCGGAAUGUUCGAAACGAUCACUCCGUUCUUCAUGAUCCGCGAUCCGGAACUGAUCAAGCAGAUCGCCAUCAAGGACUUCGAUCACUUUGUGGACCAUCGGCCGACGUUCGGGCUGUUCGACGACGAGAGUGCCGAGCACCCGAAUGCCCUCUUCCGGAAGACUCUGUUCUCGAUGACCGGACAGCGGUGGAAGGAGAUGCGGGCGACGCUGAGUCCGGCCUUCACCGGGAGCAAGAUGCGGCUGAUGUUCUCGUUGAUGGGCGAAAGCUUCGACGCGAUGGUUGAUCAUUACGCGAAGAAGGCGGGGGGUUCGGGUCGGGUAGAGGUCGAAGUCAAGGACAUGAUCAGUCGCGUCAGUAUCAAUAUUAUUGCGUCGUGCGCGUUUGGGAUCAAGGUGGAUUGUUUCAAGGAACAGGAUCAUGAGUUCUUGUACCACGGUAGGAGGAUGAUGGAUUUUGGAAGGCCGAUUGUGAUUGCAAGGUUGAUGGCCAUGCGUAUUUUCCCGAAAUUGUCUUCGAGGUUGGGGCUUGAUCUGCUGGAUACGGAGCAAGCGGAGUAUUUCACCAAGGUGUUCCAGGAGACGAUCAAGGCUCGUGAAAGUCAUGGGGUCGUUCGUAACGAUAUGAUCGAUCUGCUGUUGCAGGCUCGCAAGGGUACGCUGAAGUUCCAGGAAGAGAAGGAUGAUCAGGAAGGGUUCGCUACGGUUCAGGAGUCGGACGUGGGUAAGGUGGAUGUGUCGAAGAGUAUGUCCGAAGCGGAAAUGAUCGCGCAGUGUUUGGUGUUCUUCCUCGGCGGGUUCGAUACGGUGUCGUCCUGUGCCAUGUUCACGGUAUAUGAGUUGGUUCGCAAUCCGGAAGUUCAACAGAAGCUGUAUGAGGAGGUGCUGGAGACGAGCAAAGAGCUCAACGGAAAGCCUUUGAGCUAUGACGCGCUGCAGAAGAUGAAGUACAUGGACAUGGUGGUGUCGGAAACUCUACGGCUGUGGCCCUUGGCACCGGCUACGGAUCGUCUGUGCACUAAGGACUACACGAUCGAUGAUGGUCAGGGUGUGAGAUACACGAUCGAUAAGGGAACGUGCGUUUGGUUCCCGGCGGCUGGGCUGCAUCGUGAUCCGCAGUACUUCCCCAAUCCGGAGCGGUUUGAUCCGGAGCGGUUCAACGAUGAAAACAAGCGGAACAUCAAUCUGGGAGCUUACAUUCCGUUCGGUAUUGGUCCAAGGAACUGCAUUGGGUCGCGGUUUGCGUUGAUGGAGGUCAAGGCCGUUAUGUAUUUCUUGAUGCUUAAGUUUUCGAUCGUUCGGGGACCGAACACCCAGAUUCCGCUGCAGCUUCGGAAAGGGUUCACCAAUUUGGGCCCGGAGAAGGGAUUGUACGUGGAACUGAAAUUAAGAUAAGUAGAUGCUAAGAAUUGAAAAAAAUGUUUUGAAAAAAUUAAAUAAAGCUCGUCAUAUUAACCUUGAA